UAGGGGAAUACAAGAUGGCAGAGUCCGGCGGGGCCUGCGCUUUUGCCUCCGGCUCCAGCGCCUCCCCCUCAGCUUCGGAGGGGUCCCCCUCGCCCGGAAGGAGCAGCCCCCGCCGCCGGGGAAGCAUGGCGGACAAGAGCGGCGCCUUGAAGUGCACAUUCUCCGCCCCGGGGCACAGCGCUACCCUUCUGCAAGGCCUGGCCGCCCUCCGGGAUCAGGCUCAGCUCCUGGAUGUCAUCCUCACCGUCAACAGUGAGGCCUUCCAGGUCCACAAAGUCGUCUUGGCCGCCUGCAGCGACUACUUCCGGGCCAUGUUUACUGGCGGGAUGCGAGAAGCCAGCCAGGAUGUGAUUGAGCUGAAGGGUGUUUCGGCCAAGGGUCUGAGGCACAUCAUCGACUUUGCCUACAGUGCUGAGGUGACCCUCGACCUGGACUGCAUCCAGGACGUCCUGGGGGCAGCUGUCUUCCUGCAGAUGGCGCCGGUGGUGGAACUGUGCGAGGAGUUCCUCAAGUCAGCCAUGAGCGUGGAGACCUGCCUCAACAUUGGCCAGAUGGCCACUGCCUUCAGUUUGGCCUCCCUGAAGGAGUCGGUGGACGCCUUCACCUUCCGGCACUUCCUCCAGAUCGCCAAGGAGGAGGACUUCCUCCAGCUUCCUUUGGAGCGCCUGGUCUUCUUCCUCCGGAGCAACAAGCUCAAGAGUUGCGCUGAGAUUGACCUCUUCCGGGCAGCUGUCCGCUGGCUGCAGCAUGAUCCUGCGCGCCGCACUAGCGCCAGCCAGGUGCUCUGUCACAUCCGCUUCCCACUCAUGAAGCCCCUGGAGCUGGUCUACAGUGUCCAGACUUUGGACAUCAUGGUGGAGGACGUCCUGUGCCGGCAGUACCUCCUGGAGGCCUUCAACUACCAGAUUUUGCCCUUCCGGCAGCAUGAAAUGCAGUCGCCGCGUACUGCCAUCCGCUCGGACGUGCUCUCUCUGGUCGCCUUUGGUGGCACACCUUACACUGACAAUGAUCGCAACGUCAGUGCCAAAGCCUACUAUUUGCCGGACGGUGGUUCCCGCCAGUUCAAGGAGCUGACUGAGAUGGAAGCCGGAAGCAGCCACGCCUGUGUAGCCGUGCUGGACAACUUUGUUUACAUGGCGGGGGGGCAGCGGCUGCAGUACCGCAGUGGCGAGGGAGCCGAGGACCUCUGCUACCGCUACGACCCCCACUUGAACCAGUGGCUGCGCAUCCAGGCCAUGCAGGAGAGCCGGAUCCAGUUCCAGCUCCACGUCCUGCGCGGCGCACUCUAUGCCACGGGGGGACGCAACCGCUCGGGCAGCCUGGCCUCGGUGGAGACUUAUUGCCCCCGGACCAACGAGUGGAGCUAUGUUUGCUCCCUCAAGCGCCGGACGUGGGGCCAUGCGGGGGCCGUGCUGGGGGGCAAGCUGUAUGUCUCUGGGGGCUACGGCAUCUCAGUGGAGGACAAGAAGGCCUUGCACUGCUACGACCCAGAGGCCGACCAGUGGGAGUUCAAGGCCCCCAUGAAUGAGCCCCGGGUGCUGCAUGCCAUGGCCGCCGCCCGCGGACGCAUCUACGCCCUCGGGGGCCGCAUGGACCAUGUCGACCGUUGCUUCGACGUCUUGGCAGCCGAGCAUUACGUCCCGGAGGCUGACCAGUGGACCAUGGUGAGCCCCAUGAGGGCUGGGCAGUCAGAGGCCGGCUGCUGCCUCUUGGAGGACCGCAUUUACGUGGUGGGGGGUUACAACUGGCAUCUCAACAACGUCACCAGUAUCGUGCAGGUGUACAACACCCAGACUGAUGAGUGGGAGCGGGACCUGCACAUCCCAGAGUCCUUUGCAGGCAUUGCCUGUGCCCCAGUCGUCCUCCCACAGGAUGUGGCCCGGAGGUGACCCUCACAGCCGUCCCUUGGGUCUCCGGAUGCACUGCAUGCCAAAUAAAGCUGUAUCUCGGCGGUUGGGCCCUUCCGCCUUUAUUUAUGAAUAUACGCCUUCCUCUUUUCGAACCUGCAAACAUUAAUAUGAGUCAAACCUGGCUAGAGGAUGGCGACUUCUCCCUUUACUGUUGGUUUUCCUCUUCCUUCGGCCAAGGCUUUAUCCCCAUUUUGUGUGAAUCAAAUCACUUAAAGUAAGUGUGGGCAAACUUUAGCUCUCUAGGUGUUUUGGAUUUCAGCUCUCACAAUUCCUAACAGCUGAUAGGAUGUUAUGAAUUAUGAGAGUUGAAGUCCAAAACACCUGGAGGGCUGAAGUUUGCCCAUGCCUGACUUAAAGCAAUAAGAAUUAUAAGAGGGGUGGAGGUGGGGACUCUAUAAAGGAACGAAAAAUACGUGGUUUCAUACCUGUUAUUUUGUUUCCUCCUUGAAAAGCACACCUGGUUUGUUUUGCUGUAUUUCUAUGACAUCGUUUACCUAUUUAUUUCUAUCCAAAGUAGUCAGGCCUCUCUUCUUUCCUCCAGUGCCUUGGGAUCUCAGUAAGAGGCUGAUAGGAUGGCCUUCAAUGUUGUUGUUUUUUUCUCUCCAGAAAGGGAAUAAAUAAUACAUUUUAUUUCUCUCUGCUUCAGCUAAGUUAAAGAAACCCUGCUGAGUUUUGCUCCUUUGCAGCAGAAAUCGAGGCCGAAUCUGGCCAUUAUUUGUCCCUAAAAGAGCAAUGGCCAGGUUGUCUUUCUUUAGUGAUAGAGUGGGAUUUGGAAUACAGCUUUAAAGUCAUCGUUGAAGCUCUAAAAGGAAAGAGCAAGGGCACCGAAACAUGCAUGUCGUCUCCCUGUUGGGUAUUGUCGAAUGUAAACAUUAAAGUCGAUAUUUCCAAGCGUG